UAAACACACACGGAAAACACCAUCAUUGGUGUUAAACAUCCGUUUCUAUUUUUCACCCCAGUGCAACACCACAUCCUUCCGCAAUGUCGUUGAUUAAGGUGUCGUUGUUGUUGGCUUUGGCGGUAGUCUACGUCGCUGCUCGGAAGGGAGACGACGAAGCGAACCAAAUUGCCACUAAAGCGUUCUUCGCGUUAAGUCCCGACGGAAAGCCACCUCCACAGUCGCGUUGCGGUGGAAAGUACGGCCGUGCUCAGGUUGUCGUCACCCAGUACGUCAAAAGCGUCACCCCGGCCGGAACGGAAUAUAACAUGUUUGUGGACCUGAACGCGCCCAAAUCCGGAUCGAGCCCAGCGGAAAGCAUGAAGAACAAAAUUUUCAAUGUCCUGAAGAAGAAGGACGGUUCGCUGGUUGUCAAGAAGGAACCCUGUAUUAACUAAUCGGAGUACACGGGCGGACGCCGACAACGACAGAAGCCAGCUGUUCGACGCCAGUCGGCAUAAUGACUGACAACAUUCUAUAUCGAAUAAAGUCUACCUGCAACUUAGAAAAGUACCUAGCUGGUUAACUAUCACGCGCGGCGCAAAAAAUAAGCAGAUUCAAUAUUUUGUUUCGAAUUGUUUUUGUUGCUCCAACAAUGUUGAGGAAGUACAAUCAUAAAAGGCUGCUUGUUACCGCAAAUUACACGUAAAUUUGGAUAGUGUUGUGAAAAUUUCCGGUUGACAUAAAGGAGCCGAUCAUUCUG